AUGACAUUACUGUGCGCCGGAAAACCUUUUUGUCCCUUGUCAUGACGUCAGCAGCUUGACAGCUCAGUCGGACACUUGUUCUGUUCAAUAUUUGAUUCUCUAUUAUUAACAGAGCAUUUUUAACAUAAUGAGCUGAGGGUGCGUUUGUCAUUUUCUGUAUAUAAACUCCAUACUACACCAUGUCUUUCUUCGUAGAUUCAGUGAUUAUGUUCACUUCUCAGGUGCUGUUUUUUGGGUUUGGGUGGCUGUUUUUCAUGAGGCAGUUGUUUAAAGAUUAUGAGGUUCGACAGUAUGUUGUGCAGGUGGUCUUUUCCAUCACAUUUGCCUUUUCUUGCACUAUGUUUGAGCUCAUUAUCUUUGAGAUCCUCGGUGUAUUAAGCAGCACGUCCAGAUAUUUCCACUGGAAGCUGAAUUUGUAUGUAAUAUUACUGGUUCUGAUAUUUGUGGUGCCUUUCUACAUUGGCUACUUUGUGGUCAGUAAUAUACGAUUACUGCAGAGACAAAGGUUGCUUUUUUCAUGUGUGGUCUGGUUCACAUUCAUGUAUUUCUUCUGGAAACUGGGUGAUCCUUUCCCUAUACUCAGUCCAAAACAUGGCAUUCUGUCCAUAGAGCAGCUGAUCAGUCGUGUGGGGGUCAUUGGGGUCACACUGAUGGCUCUUCUGUCUGGCUUUGGUGCUGUGAACUGUCCUUAUACAUACAUGUCAUAUUUUCUGAGAAAUGUGACAGACAGUGAUAUCCUGGCCCUGGAGAGAAGACUUCUUCAGACUAUGGACAUGAUUGUCAGUAAAAAGAAAAGGAUUGCCAUGACAAGAAGGCAGAUGUACCAGCGUGGAGAGGAGCAGAAUAAACAGACGGGAUUCUGGGGGAUGAUCAAGAGCGUGACCUCCUCACCAUCAGGCAGUGAGACAGAUCUUUCUCUGAUCCAGCAGGAGGUGGAUGCUCUGGAGGAGCUCAGUAGACAGCUUUUCCUGGAGACCGUGGACCUGCAAGCUACCAAGGAACGGAUAGAAUACUCAAAAACAUUUCAGGGGAAAUACUUCAACUUCUUAGGUUAUUUUUUCUCCAUUUACUGUGUGUGGAAAAUAUUCAUGGCUACUAUAAACAUAGUGUUUGACCGUGUGGGGAAGACUGACCCAGUGACGAGAGGAAUCGAGAUCACAGUCAACUAUCUCGGCAUUCAGUUUGAUGUCAAGUUCUGGUCUCAGCACAUUUCCUUUAUCCUGGUGGGAAUCAUAAUAGUCACGUCCAUACGAGGCCUUUUAAUCACACUCACCAAGUUUUUCUAUGCCAUCUCCAGCAGCAAGUCCUCCAAUGUCAUUGUGCUCGUCCUGGCUCAGAUCAUGGGCAUGUAUUUUGUGUCGUCUGUGCUCCUGAUGCGGAUGAGCAUGCCUUUAGAGUACCGCACCAUAGUGACGGAGGUACUGGGAGAACUGCAGUUUAACUUCUACCACCGCUGGUUUGACGUGAUCUUCCUGGUCAGUGCUCUCUCCAGCAUCCUCUUCCUUUACCUGGCCCAUAAACAGGCACCUGAGAAGCACAUGACCCUGUGACCUCAUAAGUGACCUCAUCAGAGAGAGAGACACAUAGGACUAAAGUGUCUCUUUCUUUUGUCUCUCCUUUUAGAAGGACUUUUAUGGCUCUGCCCUGUAAUGAGCAUUAUUGGGUCUGUAUUUCCUGAAUCAGGAGGUACUCAGAAACAGUGUUUUGACUUUGGUUUAAAAAAAUGCUGAUUUGCUGUAUCAUUUAAAUAGACUCAUAUUAAUGGAGGGGACAAAAUAGUAUACAAUGUGGGUGUCAUUUAAAAAAAAAAAUUUUUUUUUAUAAAACGCAUAAAAUUUCCCAUACCAGGUGUUAUUAUGUUUACCACAGUAGGUGAACAAACUAAAUGCUCUCACUAGUUUGUUUACCAUGAAAUCAGUUACUCUUGAGCCAUCUUUUAUCAUUAAUAGACAUCAGAUCUAUAUCUCGGCAACACCCAGUUAUGUUACAGUGGACUGUUGGACUCUUGUUUUUCUUUCAGGCCUGUUAAUCGUUACUAUCAUUCCAUGUCUCAUUAAGAACUGUAAUGAUUCACAUGUGGAUACUGUAAUUGAGUGAGAGUCAUAAUCUUCUGCUUAAAUCACAUCAACUAGAAAAGGUUUAAGAAUAUAUACACUUUGGGCUUUUGUAUUAUCAUUUUUUUUUUGUGUUAGACAGACAGGUGCCGUUGAUUUACUGAAAAGGCAAUAUCUGCGUGCCAGAGAUGUAACUGUCUUGGACUUCUCGUCAAAUGCAGGAAGCUCAGAUUUCCAUUAAAAGGCUUUUUCAAACAUU